AUGGACGAGGAUGCGAGUUCCGUGCUCGAGCGACAUCGUGGUAUCGUGGAGCGAUUGAAACGCUCGCGACGAAAUCGGGCCACGUGGUCACCCGUCGUGAAGCCGGCAGUGAAUCCGGGUCUCCCCGGGCCCACUAUGGGCAUGAAUAACUUCCGUGCACGUCUACGGCGGCGGAAGUUCGGCUUCGGCCGGAGUGCCUCAGCUGCAUCCGCGGGAUGGGAAUUCGAGGCCUUCAACUCCAGCCUCUUCGCGUCAUCGUCUAAAUUGAACGAGGACGUAGUGGACGAGCCGGGGAAGAACGGGCUCCGGUGCUUUGCCUCCACCGAGGAGUUAUGGGGGGGCUUCAGUGGGCACGGGGGGAGUGACCCGCUCAUCAGCAGUCGGCGCCCUCCCUCUGGCUCCAUCGAGAAACUCUCUUCUCUCUUCCUCUUCAAUGGAGAGGGAAAGGGAAGCGGAGGAUUAGGAGGGGGUGUUCCUACAGUUGCUAAGUCACGGACUCGCCCCGAAACCGUCUCGGAAUUGGAAGAGAGGCAGCCUCAUGAAACCCUUCAUUCCUCUUCUUCCUUCACCGGAGAAGUGCCCAACAAGUGA